ACUGAAGUGUAGUUGAGCUGUUGUGUGUUUGUGUCUCUGUAUUCAUGCUGUAAAAUGGCAGAAGCCAGAAUUUCUCAGGAGGAGUUCAUGUGUCCAGUGUGUCUGGAUCUCCUGAAGGAUCCAGUGACCAUUCCCUGUGGACACAGUUACUGUAAGAUCUGUAUUACAGGCUGCUGGGAUCAGGAGGAUGAGAAGAGAGUCUACAGCUGCCCUCAGUGCAGACAGACCUUCAGUCCAAGACCUGCUUUAGCUAAAAACACCAUUCUGGCUGAAAUGGUGGAGAAACUGAAGAAGAUUAAACUUUCUGCUGACUGUUACGCUGAAGCUGGAGAUGUGCAGUGUGAUGUCUGUACUGGAAGAAAACACAAAGCCGUCAAGUCCUGUCUGGUGUGUCUGAACUCUUACUGUCAGAAUCACCUUGAACAACAUGAGAGUUGGUUUAAAGGAAAGAGACACAAUCUGACUGAAGCCACUGGACGACUGCAGGAGAUGAUCUGCCCGAAACACGACAAGAUCCUUGAGGUUUUCUGCUGCACUGAUCAGAAGUGUAUAUGUGUGCUGUGUACGAUGGAUGAACAUAAAAACCACGACACUGUAUCAGCUGCAGCACAGAGGACAAAGAAACAGCACCAGCUGAAGGAGACGCAGAGGUGGUUCCAGCAGAGGAUCCAGCAGAGAGAGAAAGAUCUUCAGCAGCUGAGAGAGGCUGUGGAGUCUCAUAAGCGCUCUGCACAGACAGCAGUGGAGGACAGUGAGAGGAUCUUCACUGAGCUCAUCCGCUCCAUUGAGAGAAGCCGCUCUGAGGCCACACAGCGGAUCAGAGAUCAGGAAAAGACUGCAGUGAGUCGAGCUGAAGGACGACUGGAGCGACUGGAGCAGGAGAUCAAUGAUCUGAGGAGGAGAGACGCUGAGCUGGAGCAGCUUUCACACACAAAGGAUCACAUCCAUUUCCUGCAGAUUUUCCAGUCUCUCUCAGCUCCUCCUGAAUCUACAGAUGUAAAUGACGAUCCCUUCAGUUCUCUCUCCUCUUUUGAUGUUGUGAGAGAAUCUGUCCGUCAGCUGAGAGACAAACUGGAGGAUUUCUGCAAAGAGGAGCUGAAGAAGAUCUCUGACAGAAUCACUUUCACCAACAUUGUUCCCAGAACCAGGAACGACUUCCUACAAUAUUCCCAUCAGCUCAACCUGGAUCUGAACACAGUGAAUAAAUACCUCCGUCUGUCUGAGAGGAACAGAGUGAUUACAUUCACUAACACAAAGCAGCCGUAUCCUGUUCAUCCAGACAGAUUUAAUCAGUGGUUUCAGGUGUUGUGUAGAGAGAGUGUGUGUGGACGCUGUUACUGGGAGAUUGAGAGGAGUGGGCGUGAUGUGCGUAUAUCAGUGUCGUAUGAGAGUAUCAGCAGGAAGGGAUCGGGUAAUGAGUGUGUGUUUGGAUAUAAUGAUCAGUCCUGGAGUUUGAUCUGCUCCUCCUCCAGUUACUCAUUCUAUCACAAUGACAUAGAGACUGAACUCCCAGUAAAGUCCAUCAGCAGUAGAAUAGGAGUGUAUGUGGAUCACAGUGCAGGAACUCUGUCCUUCUACAGCGUCUCUGGAGACACAAUGAGCCUCAUCCACACAGUCCAGACCACAUUCACUCAACCGCUCUAUCCUGGGUUUAGGGUUUAUAAUGGAUCAGUGAAACUGUGUUGA